GGGGGUGUAUGUAUAAAUAUGUCUAGAGCCUUUUGCUACUACAGUUUAAAACAUACCUUGGAACUUCAGAAUGAAACACCUGCUGUGCUUUGUCGCUGGACUGCUUGCCACUGUGGCCAUGGCAAGAGGAGACUGCUACAUGGAGUUACCCAAACUGGGUUGUCAAGGAAUGGAUGGAGAUUUUCAUGAAUUUGGUUCCAAGUGGAUAAGGAAUUGCUAUGACUGUGAAUGCAGUACACACGGCAUUUCCUGUUGUAACAAAAUUCCAACUGCAAUUCAAUUUCCACCUCAAUGUGAGAUGAUUGUGAACAAGAAGGAUUGCACCUGGAAACUUGUCCUGAAGAAUGAUCACUCCAAGGAGUGCAGUUAAAUGUUGUGGAUUUGACCUUUAUCCAAACUUUUUCCACCUGCUUUAAUAUUUAGCUGUUGGUUCUCUGUUGCACAAGAGUUUUGCUUUCUUCCAUGCAUUUCGAAUCAAUAUGCGGUUGUUGCACUUGUGUGAGCUUUAUGGUUUCAAUGAAAAUGGGCUGUAAUCUACCCAAACAGUAGAAAUCAAAUAAAUUUUCAGCAGGCUAUAAACAUUGUUCUCUCCUACUGUAGGUCCUCCUUACUCUACUUGGCAUUGUCCAUUAACAUUUGUCUUCUCUCUUCUGUGCAUAACCAUGUUAAACCAUAAGAGACGAGUACAACACUGGAUAUCCAUGAAUACUAAUUCAUAUGAGAACUUGGGUAAUAUACUGUAAUUCAGUAACUGCUUCAGUUUGCAUUGACUGGAAAAGGAAACAGUAAAAAUGUAGUAGUUUGCAGUCCUUGUUGUGAUGUCUUUAAAUACAGAAUGUAAGGCUUCAUAAACAUAUUUCAUAUCUUAA